ACUUCUACUCAACAACAUCAAUAAUAAUCCCCUUGGCAAUCUAUACACUUAUCAGCCCGACCAUCAUCCCAUAAUUCAAAAGGUGAUGAAAUAUUUUCCCCGGCUGGGGAGAUCUGGGGUCGCAUGAGGUGGGGGCAUAUGCAUACUAGUCUGAGCCCGUCCGAGUCACAACGCACAAGUGACGGGGGUAUCCCGAGCGAUCCCUUUAAUGGUAUUCCGGCGCGAUGAGCUUCCUUGUUGUGUUUUUCAUUUCUACCAGAUAAAAGGUCGGGCUCGUGCAACGCCGGAGAAUUCAUGGACAAAGUUUCUCGGGUUGUUUCCGGCCAAUCGCGUGAGACAAGGAUCGCCAACCCGUUGCCUUUUAUCAUUGGUACCUUUCAUCCACUUGUCGAGAAGAAACAAGAUCGAUAUCAACUCAAACGAGAAACAAUCGUCCAAUAUGGAACGUCUACCGGGGCUCAAUGUAGCCAAUUUCUUCGAGAAGCGGGCACUGUUAGUAGCCAUCAACUCUCUGGCCGCUCUUUCGAUUUUCUUUUUUGGUUACGACCAAGGUGUUAUGGGUGGCGUCAAUAAUGCGAAACACUAUAUUGACCUUAUGGGCUUUGGUUAUGUGGACGAAGAAACUGGAGACCCCGUAAUAACAAACAGUCUUCUUCAAGGCGGUAUUAUAUCAGUUUACUACCUCGGGACUUUGUUUGGUUGCUUAUGCGGAGGAUGGCUGGGGGACCGUAUUGGUAGAAUCAAGACCAUAGCAGUUGGCGCUGGGUGGGCAGUCUUUGGCGCUUCCCUACAGACGGCGGCCAUGAAUAGCAACUGGAUGAUUGGAUCUAGAGCCGUCAAUGGGAUCGGAACAGGCAUAUUGAAUGCUGUUGUCCCCGUCUGGGCUACGGAAACAGCUGAGCACACCUCGAGAGGUCAAUUCAUCGCCAUCGAAUUCACAUUAAACAUUUUUGGUGUUGUAGUGGCAUAUUGGCUGGAAUUCGGAUUAUCGUUCAUUAAUAACGGAGAGACCGCAUUUCGAUGGCGAUUUCCUAUUGCAUUUCAAAUUAUCCCACUUCUUGUACUAUUCGGGUCGGUCUGGUUCUUCCCAGAGUCGCCCCGCUAUCUCGUGAAGGUCGGAAGAGAUGAAGAGGCACAGUAUAUUCUUCGCCGACUUCGUGGCUCCACGGGCGAUGAUGUGGUUCGGGCGAAUAUAGAAUAUCAAGAGAUCCGUAACGUCCUUGCCAAAGAACACCAAGAUGCGAAGAAGACCUCGUAUCUGCACAUGUUCUUUGGAACCGACUCGGAUAGCCUGCAUACUGCGAGACGAGUUCAGCUUGUCAUAUGGCUCCAGAUUCUGCAAGAGUGGGUCGGCAUCGCUGGUGUCACCGUUUACGCACCUACCAUAUUCCGGACAGCUGGCUUCGAUUCUCAAAAGAGCCAAUGGAUAAGCGGUCUCAAUAAUAUCUUCUACGCGUUUGCUACUCUUAUAUGCGUCUUCACGUUGGACCGUAUCGGACGACGAUGGACUCUGUGGUGGGGAGCUGUAGGUCAGGGAAUAGCAAUGUUCCUAGCUGGGGCAUUCUCGCAGCUUGGUGAAAAUGCUGCCGCCAACGGGAACGUCGACAAGGCCAAUUCGUACGGUGCUGCAGCGGCAUCAUUCGUCUUCAUCUUUACCUCGGUAUUCGGAGCCACGUGGCUCACAGUUCCAUGGCUAUAUCCUGCAGAGAUUUUCCCCUUACACGUGCGCUCGCAAGGUAACGCAUGGGGUGUUGUUGGCUGGAGCAUAGGCAAUGGAUGGUUGACACUUCUUUGCCCUGUUCUAUUUGAGAGAAUUGGUGCAACAACGCUUCAUAUCUUUGGGAUCGCCAAUGUUAUAUCGAUACCGAUUGUCUGGGCAUUUUACCCAGAGACCAAUCAACGUCCUUUGGAGGACAUGGAUCUUCUCUUCGCCAGCCAUUCCCCGUUUGUAUGGGACGCCGAGAAGACAUUUGCAAGACUCAAGGCAGAACAACCAAACCCCCAGGUUGGAAAAGAUGAAGGACCGAUGGGCGACAUCUAAUUAGGUCGGUUGCAUGCGACCGUGGAUUGAAUCAAGGAUCAUUGGAUAAAUCCUCUAUAUAUGGCGUUCCGACGGCUUUAUACGGUCAGACAGACAUCACGAGAUUUUGGAAUUUUAGAUGUCGAAUCAAAGUGACCGGGUGCAGUCUUCUUUCUUCCAUAGAUAUCAGAGGUGCUAGGGCCAGUGACAGAAGCAACGGAAGUCCCGCAACGUGUUUAUGAAACGACGUCCUGUAUUGACUGGUACUUGGGUUGUUGUGACAAGGGCUCUUAUGCCAUGUGACAGUUGUUGGAAGUGGGUUGUGGGAGCUGUGCGCCGGAUUCUGGAGUAUAAAUCGCGGAUAUCGGAAAAGGGAUAGCAGGCAAAAAUGUAUUUUUAUGCAAUUAGUCAAAUCUACACUAACUUGGAGACACACGCCUAAAGGACUCAAACGAGAUUCUUCACGAUAGCGCAAGUAAUUGGGACGGUAGAAGUUCGUCGGAGAGCGCCUUGAUGAUAUUUCAAUUAGAAA